AUGUUCCCCAACAGUACUCUAUUCAACAACAAAUUUUAUGAAAAAGCUGGCUCUUUGUUAAAAUCUGCUGUUAUUGUAAGUUUUCUUAAAUAAUUUUGAAAAAUUAUACAGAAAAAACAACGAACUCCGUAUUUUACAAUAAAUUAUAUUCAUUUCAGCCUUUUUAUACCUCACUAUUGUCAACGGCGGUGCAAUCACUUUCUUUACAACCAAUUUCAUUCGAUUUUAAUUAUUUCUGGAGAGACACUGUUUGUGUUUUUGUUUAUGUUAUCGUCAGGACUGUCAAUAACAUUGGUGUAUUUGAUUAUGGUAAAGCACACUUUUGCGAAAAAAAAGCUUAAGGAUAGGGCAGUGUAAGGCAUUGUAGGUUAAAUUAGGAUACUAUAAGGUAGAGCAAAAAGUAGAGCAAAGGGGGGGGGGACGUAAGCUAGGGUAGGGUAGUGCAAGGUAAAGUAGGGUAUAGUAGGAUAAAGUAAACUUUCAAAUUUUUUUUCAUUUUCAGGUACGGUAACCAAAUCAAUACCCUCAUCAGAAGUUAAGUCGCUUAACAAAUCUUCUUCAAUACAGGCCUUAAAUAUAGUCGACGAUAAUAAUCAUGUAGUUGAUCAACACCUUAUUGAACUAAACAUAACCAAAAGCAGUAGAAAAGUGUCAGAAGAUUAUACAGUAAGCUCAGAUGACGGGUUCUACUCUAAUCACGAUGAACAUAAUGCUGAAGAUUCUCCGGAUAGUACAGUAAACCACUGUAAAAUCAAUGCUUUUAAAAUUGAAGAAGUUAUAAAAAAGGAUACAUUAGGUGAUUCUGAAGCUCAAGAAGAAGAAUUGAAUAAUACUGGUCAGAACAAACUGAUAAAUUGUUUUACAAAUAAGAACUACUAUGGUAAAAUGAAGCGGCAACUCACAUUGAAGAAAAAGGUAAAAUGGCAAGAACUUUCUUUACAAGAUAAAAAAUAACAAGAACUUUCUUUAGAAAGCAAAAAUUGGAAAAAACUUUCUUUACAAUGUCAAGAAUAGCAAGAAUUUUCUUUACAAAACAAAAAAUGGCAAGAACUUUAUUUACAAGAUGAAUAAUGGCAAGAACUUGUUUCAAUAAGUCCAAAAUAGCAAAAACUUUCUUUAUAAAAAAUAUUUUUAAUUAAAAUCCAUUUUACAUUUCAGAAGCCUCAUAAACAACUAAAUUCUCAACCAGUACCUAAAGAAGUAGUACAAAUUGAAUCCUCAGAACGAAGUCAACCUUCCUUCCCUAGAAAACACAAAGUUUGCAGAUCAUUCUGGACUAAAAUAAUCAAAGUUUUUAGCCACAACAAAGUCAACGAUCAACCAGUAUAUGUCAAGAAUGAAUCGUUUGUUGAUGCACAAUAA